UGAAUAAUCGAAGUAUUUGUGGCCACAAACAGGAAUAUAAAAUAAUGAACACUAUUUUAUGAUUAUUAUCGAUCUGAUCUAAGGCGUGUCCGCGCGAGCCGCCAUGUUCUCCCGUGACGUCACCAAACGGGAAGUGAGCUCGUUGUUCUCCAUGGUGGCUGCGGUGCGGUGCGGUGGGCUCGCGGACCAAAACAACUCUUCCUCCUCUUCUUCCUCCUCUUCCUCUUCGCGGACCAUGGACGGGAAUCAGUGUUUCCUUCCUCCAUCAUCUGCUCUGCGAACAUGAGCACAUCCAACCUGUCCACAGUGGAUGGCACUGAUAGGCUGUGUGUUUCUGAGCGUGCUCAGUGCGUUCCAUCUCGGGUCCUUCACCUGCGGCAGCUUCCUGCUGACGUCUCUGAACAGGAAGUGCUCGCUCUUGCGCUUCCUUUUGGCCGAGUUAGUAAGCUGAUCACGCUGAAGACCAAGAACCAGGGUUUUUUAGAAAUGGCGUCGGAGGAGGCGGCUGUUACCAUGGUGAACUACUACACUUCAGCCCCGCCCACCAUCAGGAACCAGCCAAUCUUCAUUCAGUACUCCACCCACCGCGAGCUCAAGACCGACAACCUGACCAAUCAGAGAGUGGCGCUGCAGGCCAUCAGUGCAGCAGCAGUGCAUUCUGGGAAUGUGGCAUCAGGAGGAGAGGGUCGGGGCUUAGCUCCGGGUCAGAGUCCCGUCCUGAGAAUCAUCGUGGAGAAUUUAUUUUACCCGGUGACACUGGAGGUCCUGCAGCAGAUCUUCAGUAAGUUCGGCUCCGUGUUGAAAAUCAUCACGUUCACCAGAAACAACCAGUUUCAGGCUCUGCUGCAGUUCAGUGAUGCCGUGCACGCUCAGCACGCUAAGGCUUCUCUGGACGGGCAGAACAUCUAUAACGGCUGCUGCACGCUCAGGAUCGACUUCUCCAAACUGAGCGCGCUCAAUGUGAAGUACAACAAUGACAAGAGCCGUGACUUCACCAGAGCCGACCUGCCGACAGGAGAGCUGGACCCCACCGCCGCCUUCAGUGUAGCUCUCCCUCCAUACGGCACGUCAGCUUUCCCACCGACCUUCCACCAACACACAGGCCUGUCGAUGGCGGCCGUCCCUGGCUCGUUGGUGUCUCCUCCUCGUGUCUCCGUGCAGAUGGCGUCUCCUGCUGUCCACGCUGUGCUGCUGGUGUCCAACCUGAAUCCAGAGACAGUCUCACCUCACUGCCUCUUCAUCCUGUUCGGUGUGUACGGGGACGUCCAGAGAGUGAAAAUCCUCUUCAACAAGAAGGAAAACGCUCUGGUUCAGAUGAGCGACGGCACUCAGGCUCAGCUCGCGAUGAGUCACCUGAACGGUCAGCGUCUCCAUGGCAACAUGAUCCGGGUGAUGCUGUCCAAACACCCAGUGGUGCAGCUGCCCCGCGGGGGGGCGGGGCAAGAAGAACAGGCGCUGACUCAGGACUUCUCAGGCUCCGCCCUCCACCGCUUCAAAAAACCUGGUUCCAAAAAUUUCAACAACAUUUUCCCUCCGUCAGCAACGCUGCACCUGUCCAACAUCCCCUCGUCGGUCAGCGAGGACGACCUGAAGGACGUGUUCUCCUCCAGCGGAUUCACAGUCAAAGCCUUCAAGUUCUUCCAGAAGGACAGGAAGAUGGCGCUGAUGCAGCUGGCAUCGGUGGAGGAAGCCAUCGAGGCCCUGAUCGCUCUGCACGACCACCAGCUGGACCACAACCAGCACCUCCGAGUCUCCUUCUCCAAGUCCACCAUCUGACCCAAGUCUCCAAGUCCACGAUCUGACCCCCGAGUUUCCAAGUCCACCAUCUGACCCGAGUCUCCAUGUCCACCGUCUGACCCAGAGUCUCCAACUCCACUAUCUGACCUGUGUCUCCUCCUGGACCUGUUGGCUGUUUUUCCCUCCAAUCUCUCUCUGACCUUUGACCAACCAACCACAUUUCAGGGCUUCUGAUUGGCUUGCGGUGGAACAAAGGGACCAAUGGGAGAGCCCGACACCACCUAGCUUUCUGUGCCUACACGCUCUGACAUCAUAGGUGCAGCGAUGACAGGAGGAGGGGGCGUCGCCAUGGUUACAGAGCACAUUCCUGAGCUCCCGGUAGCAAUGCAUUGUGGGCUGUGGAGUCCAGCUGAUGUGAGUCAAACUUUUUUGUCUAAAUGUUAAAAAAACAACUUGUUUUUAAAGUUACAAAGAUUUUUGAAAUAAAACAGCUUUUUUCUUAAAAUCAACAAAAGUCCGAAGUGGAAUUAAAAUUCAGUCUGAAGUUAUUUAUUAAGAUUAUUUACAACAAUCAGUCUCAUUAAUUUUUGUUUAGUAUUAAAUUCUAAACUUUUAAUAGAGUAAAAACAUUUUCACUGAUUUACCAACAAAUGUGUUGAAGCUUCACCAUCAGCUCCAUGCUGAUAUUAUUGUUAUUAUUAUUAUUAUUAUUAUUAUUAUUAUUAUUAUUAUUAUUAUUAGUACUGUUGUGGGAGUUUCAGUGGCUGCGGUCUCAACCUUCUUCUGUGCCUUAUUUUUCAGAAUUAUUCUGCUGGUUUUGAUUUUUUACGUGGUGUUUGGGUCGAGGUUCGGUGGUGGGUCGAGUCGAUCUGACUUUGGAUUUUUUUGUAGAUUUUUUCACUUAGUUAGAUGUUUUGUUGCCGAUUGUCGUACCGUUGGUAUAUUUGUUAUAUAUUUUGGGAAGGUUUUUUAAAUCAUGAAUGUAUUUAUACUGUACAACAUGGAACAGGUAAUGUUUUGACGUCCCGCCCACCUGUCGUACCUGGGUGUGUGUAUUUAUAUGUGUGUGUAUGUAUACUGUAUAUCUGUGUGUGUGUGUGUGUGUGUGUGUGUGUGUGUGUGUCAAGCUGAGCUGUGAUUGGAGGAUCUUCAAAUGUCUCACCUACUUUUUUCUAUUAAAAUAUAUUUAAUUCAAAUCUCUUUUUUUUAUUUUGAUUAUUAUUUUAAUUAUUGUUUGUAUUUGUUGAGUUUAGUUUAGAUUUUCCGUGUUGAUGAUUUCCAGGAGAAAAGCCACAGAAACAGGAAGCUGCUGACCUCUGAGGUGAUUGGAGGGAUUAAAACAUGAAGUGGCUGGUUGUGUUGCUGGUUGUGUUGCUGGUUGUUGGUGCUGCUGUGACCCUUCAGGGCCUCCGUAGAAACAGAUUCAGCUUAUUUUGUUCAGCAGCUUUUGAAGUUUUUACUUUAAUCUUUUUUUAAAAAACCUAAAUAUUUUCAGUGAUGAUGUUGCCUUGGAGAACAGUCGGGGGCGGGGUCAAACCAAGCCAAAGUUUGCGUGCCUUGUAAUUGGACCAACUAAUUUUUCCAUUAUGACAUCACUUCCUGUUUAAGUGGCUUUCCACCCAGAUUUAACUUCCUCCCAGUUUUGUAAUCUUCAGUUACCACGAACACACUUGAACGUUUGUUUCAUGUCUUCACGUUUCCGUCCACGUCAGAGCUGUGACAUCACAUAUGAUGUCACAUGUGACUGUGCAACUUCUUAUUUAGCCCCGCCCACACCAUCUCACCACACGCCCUGUGCUGAUAUGUCCUCGUUGUUGCUGUUGUUCAGUGAUUGGCAGGUGUAACACGUUAUAGGUACGGUAGUGAGUAAGUCACCACUGAUGUACUUACAGGUGACAAGCACUGUCCCAUCUUAAAUACUUAGUUACUGCCUGUAUUGUGUUACAUACCUGUUGAUGUAAUAAGUUACAUUUUAAAGUUGAAAGCUUUAAACUACGGAUCGACUGAAACAGUUUUACAAACACAGACACAAUUAAUAGAAAUCAAAUGUCAAACAACCAGUGAUGACGUUCAGUUUACUCGAAUACUUUUACUCUACAUGUAUUUGAAUACUUCAGAUUAGAUUCAGAUUACUCAGUGUUAAUUGGCUGUUCAUUGUGACAUGUAAGCAGUCAGAUGUCGUUGUGGGCGGGACCCUGUGAGAGGAUGUGACAUCACAGUUUCACAUUUUAACUGAGUUUAUUUAUUGGAAAUCUGACAGAUUGAUCGUCUUCACACAACAACACUGAUGAUACAACAUGCAGAAUGUGUGAUAACAACAAUAAUCAGCUGUGAACAUCCGAGAACGUCACACUGACUUUAAGUUAUAACGUGUGAGAACAGACGCGUAACGAGUUGAACCGUCAGUGCUCGUUAGCUCAUUACAGAAGUUUGUUUUAACAUGUUUCUGACGUGACAUAUACUCGUCACAACAUACAUUAAUUAUAAUGUGUCAUCUUAAAGGUGCAAUAUGUAAUAAAUUAUCAAUAGAAUGUAAAAACAGUUUUAAACAGUUUUGACUUUGUAUUUAUAUAUAUAUACUCAUAAUAUAUGUGUAUAUAUGUAUUUUAUGUGUAUGCAUAUGUGAUAUACAUAGUUAGCGGUUCCUCAGUGACAUGUUGCCGACCUGCUCUGGUAAUAAAUUACAGAGGUUGUUACAUUUUGCACCCGUGUGACUGAUGAGACCCGUUAGUUUGUUCUGGACUCGUUUGUAACGUGAAGACAUGAAAACGCGUCAAAUAAAUGUUCUGAUGAAUGUUUGAUGUAUGUAAAGCAUCAGACGUCGCUGUGAUGACGUCGCUGUGAUGACGCAGCCGUCGAGUCUCUCGGCUUCGUUUCCUUUUGAAUCUAUCAGCAGAAGAUUCAACUGUUUUCUAGCUGAAUGUCUCCUGUUGAUGAAUGUAAAGUACUCGUGGUGCAUUGUGGGACUUAUUACUGUUGUUAUUAUUAUUAUGACAUAUUUUUAAUAUUCAACCAGUGCAUGAAGUGGAGGGGGCGGGGCUUUUAUCUGUGCUGAUGUCAGAAACCAGUUUGCUGAAUUUUUAUUUAUUCUGAAAGUGUGACAGGAAGUUGUAGCAUGAAUCACUAAAUAAAUAAAUCCUGACAACCAAUCACUGUCCUCGGUUUCUGCAGCACAGCCCACCGACCACCCUCCCACCCAAUCAGACAGCGGCACAGUUUCAACAAACAACACAAUAAAGUUCUGUUUUGAAAGGAUAAAACUUUAUUGUUCCUGUGUUGACACAAUCCUCAACUGUGAUUGGUCGGUUUGCAGACUACAGCAGAUAACUGUCAUUUAAAAAACAACAAUAAACAAACAAGAAUCCUACUGAUCCUAUUGGACGACGGUGAUGGGUUCGUCCGACUCCACGCUGAUGUCAUCACCCAAACCCCCCGAGGUUAUGCUAACAGCUAAAUGCUAACAUUAAAGCAACAGCUUUAAAAAAAACACCUGCGAUCGCACACGCACGUGCACAAGCGCACACACAUACACACAGUACAGUGUUUAGACUUUAUAAAACAAGAAGUUGAGAGAUGUGAUGAUUUUAAUCUUCACGUUGGAUUAUUUGGUCCGGUGUUUCGUCUGAUUUUUCGUGGAUCACGUGAAAUGUUGCGACCGUCAUCGCCACAGAAUACUGGACCUGUCUCAGUGCUCGGUUCUGAGAGACGCUUGUGUUCGCCUGUUUUUGUUUUUUUUGUCAGGGAGCAAUAUAAAAAAAAAAAA